AUGUAUAGCAGAGGGAAAGGUAUCAGCAGGAGAUGUAUUCCAUACCGUAGAACCGCACCGGCGUGGCAAAAGAAGACCUCAUUGGAGGUGAUUGAAGAGAUGUGCAAAUUGGCGAAGAAGGGUAUGCCACCAUCACAAAUCGGCGCUUAUUUGAGAGAUGUCGAGGCCAUUGGAUUGGUCAAGAGCAUUACUGGCUCAAAAGUCUUGAGAAUCUUGAAACUCGCUGGUCUUGCACCAAAACUCCCAGAGGAUUUGUACUUCCUCAUGAAAAGAGCCGUCUCUAUCAGAAAACACUUGGAAAGAAACAAGAAGGAUAAAAUUUCAAAGUACCAUUUGAUCUUGACCGAAUCCAAAAUCCACAGACUCGUCAGAUAUUACAAGACUACUAAGGUCGUCGACUCUUCAUUCAAGUACGACGCUAACACUGCUUCCGCUAUCGUCUCUUAA